AAAACACGAUUCCAUCACACGUUAUACCUGUCCCCUUCAACUUGGCUGCCAUUGGUUCUUAGUAGAUUAUUGCUUUAUCUUAUAUCAUUCUUUUUCUUUGAUUUCUUGAUUCCCUUGGCUGCUAUGAAAUUCCAUGCACUGAUAAGUGAGUUUUGUGUUGCCAAACCCCUCAAAAACAAAUGGAGGAAUCAAUCCAGGAGAAUAAAUUGCAGCAAAUAUUUGUGCUUUCUUCUUAUGUUUUCCAUUGUUUUAUUAAUCUUUCUUCGUCACCUGUUUUUCUUUUCAAUCGAUGCUCGACCUUCAUCUCACCACCACUCAAAGAAGAAGAUUCAUAGUUUAGUUGGUGAAAGUUCAAGUCAAGAUUCUUGCUUGGGUCGAUAUAUUUAUAUUCAUGAUCUUCCCAUGCGAUUCAAUCAAGAUUUGCUCACCAACUGUCAGGUUCUUACAAGGUCCAUUGAUAAAACCAGUAUGUGUGAAUAUGUACAAAAUUCUGGUUUUGGUCCUCGGAUUAUAAGCUCUGAGGCUUCGGGUUUAUGGAACAGCAAUUGGUUUUGGACGAAUCAAUUUAUGUUAGAAGUUAUUUUCCAUGACAGGAUGAAGAAAUACAAGUGUUUAACUAAUGAUUCACUCGUUGCUUCGGCCAUUUUCGUCCCGUAUUAUGCUGGUUUGGAUCUUCGUCGCUAUCUAUGGGGUUUCAAUACUUCCAUGAGAGAUUCUUCGGGUUUCGAUUUGAUUAAUUGGCUUAAACAAAAACCCCAAUGGAAAACGAUGUGGGGUAAAGAUCAUUUCUUGGUUUCCAGCAGGAUUGCUCGUGAUUUCAGGAGAAAAUCCGACAGGAAAUCCGACUGGGGAAGCAACUUCAGAUUCUUACCGGAAUCUAAGAACUUGUCGAUGUUAACAAUCGAAUCAGGUCCUUGGGAAAACGACAUAGCUGUUCCAUACCCGACUAGCUUCCACCCUUCAAGUGAUGAUCAAGUUCUUCAAUGGCAGAAUCUGAUGAGAACCCAAAACAGGCCCUACUUAUUCUCUUUCGCAGGUGCCUCAAGGAACCGACAAAAGAAUUCAACAAGGAAGGAAAUCAUCCGCCAUUGCCAAUCUUCAAACAAGCUCUGCAAAUUACUUGACUGUAACUCAGUGGGACAUGAAUGUGAUGAUCCUUUGAAGUUGAUGAACUUGUUUCGAAGCUCAAUCUUCUGUUUACAACCACCAGGGGAUUCAUUAACGAGAAGAUCAACAUUUGAUUCCAUUUUAGCUGGUUGUAUCCCAGUGUUCUUCCAUCCAGGGAGUGCUUACACACAAUAUUUAUGGUAUUUGCCCAAGAAUUACUCCAACUAUUCUGUGUUUAUAUCGGCGACAGAUUUGAAACUUGGAAAAGUUAGAAUCGAGGAGAAAUUGGUUACAGUCUCCAAGGAUGAAGUAGCGUCGAUGAGAGAAGAGGUCAUAAGAUUGAUUCCGAGGAUUAUUUAUGGGGAUCGACGGUCUGGAGUGGAGAGUGUUGAAGAUGAUGCAUUUGAUUUGGCAAUCAAAGGAGUUUUGAAACGAGUAGAUAGAUUAAGGGGAAGUGACCUUUGACUAGAGUUUCCAAGUUGAUUUUGUAUAGUAAUAGUAAAUUUAAUUUUAUUAUUACAUCAUGAAAUUCACAUAUGUUAAUAUAUUCCUUCAACUUAAUUACAAGUGAAGGAAAGGACAUCAACAUGGAA